UAAAUUGGUUAUUGGAUAUUGUGUCACAGUGAUGGAAGGCUGCUAGCACACCCUCCCUUGCUAAUGACCAGCAGGGGUCCACUGCUGUCUUCAAACCACUAAAGUUGCAGCCCGUCUCCUCUUCUGUCUCAGGGAGGACACACCCACCAUUUCUGCUGGGCCAGCCUGGCUCUGGGUCCCUCCUACCCUCUCUCCUCCCCAGGCUUUGCUCCUUCACUUCUCUCUCCCUGCCACAUCACCACUUCUGCUGCUUCACUAGAUUCAUUCAUUCAUUCAGCCAACAAAUGCUCAGCCAAGCUCUGCAAUGGGCCCAGCAGGCACUGUGCAGGCCGGGGAACCGGCCACCAGCUAACCAGACAACCACCAUGGCCUCUUGAAGCUUCAAUUCUAGCUGGGAAAGAGACUCAGCCAGCAAACUUAGCAGGCUGCACAUCAGACAGUGGUGGGAGGAGGACUGCGGAGACACACAGCAGGGUGGGGCCAUGACAGGCAGGAGGGGAGGGGCUACUUAAUGGAGGACGCGCUGGGAGCCGCAGCUGUGAGAUGCUGAGAUCCUGCUACCUGCGUGUCCCCCUCAGGACACAGCGAUGAGCAGCACAGGCCUCCCUGGGGCUGCACUGCCCUCCAUCUCAGCCCCAGCCCUCGGUGUCUCAGGAACAAGCUGCUGAAACAAAAAUCACAGGUCUCGGAAAAGCCUCUUGUCUCUCGGAUGGAUCCCAAAAAGCAGCCCAGAAUUAUCCAGCAGAACAGAAAAGAGAUCUCAGGUAAUUCAAAGGAAGACAAGAAGCCAAAAGAAAAAGACCAGGCGGCCGCUGGGGGCUCUGUUCCCCCUGAAUCUAAGAGGGACAGCAAGGUGCCAGUACCUGCCACAAAGGCCAACAGAACAGAGAAUAAGAAAGGAUCCCAAAAAAGGACAAAUGGUGACAUUUCCUCAAAACCAGGGGACAGCAACCCGAAGAAGCGGAAAGCUAAGGAGGUGGCUGUGGCCUCUGCCCCGGCCCCGCCCACUGAGGAGGACAUCUGGUUUGAUGACGUGGACCCAGCUGAUAUCGAGGCUGCCAUAGGCCCAGAGGCAGCCAGGAUAGCAAGGAAGCAGCUCGGGCAGAAGGAGAGCAGCAUCAGCCUAGUGAAGGAGCAGGCCUUUGACGGCCUGACGAAAGCCUUGGCCCUGGACUGCGAGAUGGUGGGCGUGGGCCCUCAGGGGGAGGAGAGCAUCGCCGCCCGAGUGUCCCUCGUGAACCAGUAUGGGAAAUGCGUGUAUGACAAGUUCAUCAAGCCGACCGAGCCCGUGACGGACUACAGGACAGCAGUCAGCGGGGUUCGGCCCAAGCAUCUCAGACAGGGAGAAGAGCUUGAAGUUGUGCAGAGCGAAGUGGCAGAGAUGCUGAAGGGCAGGAUCCUGGUGGGGCACGCACUGCACAAUGACUUGAAGGUGCUAUUUCUUGAUCAUCCAAAAAAGAAGAUCCGGGAUACACAGAAAUACAAACCUUUCAAGAGGCAAGUGAAGAGCGGAAGGCCCUCUCUGAAGCUGCUUUCCGAGAAGAUCCUGGGCAUCAGAGUCCAGCAGGCGGAGCAUUGUUCGAUCCAGGAUGCCCAGGCAGCAAUGAGGCUGUACGUCAUGGUGAAGAGGGACUGGGAGAACACUGUCCGGGACAGGCACCCCCCAGCCCCUGCCCAGGACCGCCGCAGAGAAGACGCCUAGCCCUGCCCUCCGCCCUGUGGAUCUGCCUCUGUCCCCAGCAUGGGACCCGAUUGUGGGACCAGUCUCGUCUCUGGAAAGCAGCAGCUCCAGCAAGCCGCUUCCAAGGCCAGGGUCCCAGCAUGGUGCCAGGCUGCUGGACCGGCCUCCCUCUGGACUGCAUCGGCAAGGGGUAGGGCAUGCAGGGGAGGGGAGGGGCGAGGUGUGUGUCCCAGGCACAACCAGGAGUCGGUACCCAGCCCUGAGGACUCGGCUGCUGACCACCGAGGGAAGGGCCAUGCCUGGCUGCCCUGCUGCUCUGAUGAGCUAUGGCAGUCAGCCUGGUGCUCGACGGCUUCCUCUGAGGCCACUUUGCCCUCUGGCCAUGGGUAAGGGGACAGGCUGUGCCGGCCCAAGGGGGUUAGGCCAGGCGCCUGCAGCAGCGGCUGAUGUGCAGAGAGCUGGCACAGCAGCUGCCUCGCUAGGGACUUUCCUGCGGCCACUGGGCCCUGGAGGGGGCUUCGUGCUGGGCCCUGGAGGGGGCUUCGUGCUGGCCCCUCACUCCCAUUUACUUCAUUUGGUGCAGGGCUGCCGCAGGCCGGCACCCAGCAGACUUGUACCCACCAGCUAGACUCAGCCUCGGCCACCGUAGCCGGCGCCUCCCCUGGCCUGAGUGGGAAGGCUGUGGGCUCCAGCGGGCCAUGUGCUGGCGGGCCCCGGGUCCAGGGCGGGUUGGGGUGGCUGUCACAUGGGUGAGUAAAGCCCAAGCCCAGCCCGUUGCCUGCUGUGCCGAAAUGGUGCCCACAGCCGGUGCCACAGGCUCGUGAGGCCUACCCAGCAUGCACCAGGCCCUGGGCUCAAACCCCAGCCACGAAUAAACACUCGGCACUGUG